AUGAAAGCCUUCGUAGCGUGCAUAGCCCUGGCGUUGGUAGCCUGCGCAAGCGCAGAAGCUCCGUCUGGUUACAACUAUAACCGACCCUCUGGUGGAAUCUCAGGCGGAUUUAGCGGUGGCCUGAGUGGAGGCGGCUCCUACCAAGCUGUGUCAUCCGGAUACCAGACUUCCGAGGGUCAAAACGUCGAUCCCCAACUCCUUGACCAAAUCCGCCAAAUCCUCCUUAAAGAAGAGGCUUCCUCUUCCAGCUCAGGAUUUGGAGUCAGUGCUCCUUCAUCAUCCUAUGGUGCUCCCUCAUCUUCCUAUGGCGUCCCAUCAUCUUCCUACGGAGUUCCCGGUCACGGUGGUCGCGUUGUUGGCAUCAACCUUGAAGGAGUCCGUCAAGCUAUCCAAGUAGCCCAAUACGAACAGACCUCAUCUGGCGGUGGAUACCCAUCUGGUCCCUCAUCUUCAUACGGAGCCCCCUCCCGCCCAUCCAGCAGCUACGGCGCUCCCUAC